AUGGAGAACAAUUCUAAUAAUCGGGAUAAAACUGCUGAAAGCAAUACGAAUGUAAUAUUACAGGGAGUGGCUUCUCCUAAGGCAGAUCAUAUAACGCUCAAUAAUCAGGUUCGGGAAUGCUUUAAUACAAUACAAGAAUAUGCUCCCGAAGAGUUGGAAAUUCAACCACUGAGCAGUAGGAAUGAUGCCAAAAAUCUGCAGAGCAAAAUCAAUCAGAACGAACUAAUUGAUAGAAGUUUAGUUGACACGAAGUUAACUCGGACCGGAGUACAUGAUAGUAAUGAUAAUAUGCCAUCAGGUAGAAAUUCAAAUACAGAUGUCAUGAAUAUAGCCGUUGGUAUAGACCCCAAAAAGAUUUGUCAAUUCUGUGGAAAGACAUUUGCACACUCGGGAUCUUUGGGAAGACACCUUGAUUUUUUCAAAGGUAAGAAGGGUCACCCGUUUUCUUUAAUUUCCAAGCUCAGAGCCAAUGUGGCUAGACGUGGAGAUCCAGAACUGGUAAAAGCACGCAGAAGGGAAAAAGCGAGGAAAUAUAAUCAAAGGGAUUAUGUCAAAGCUAAAAACAGAGCCAGGAGGAAGAUUAUGAGUAAAGUUUAUCGUGUGAAAGAAUCAGCAGAAAUGAAAUUUUAUAAAUCCAUUAACACACCUACACUUGAAGAAAGCCCAUCAUUUCCACGGCUGUUUCUUUUCUUUAUCCCGUCAACUUUAUGGCCCGAUGAUCUUCCCGACGAGUAUCAACUGAAGCAACUAAUUGAAUGGCUUCGAAAGGAGGUCUACAACAAAAAUAGGCUCGGCAUGCUCCUUACGUAUAUUUCGCUUGAUAGAAUUCUAACGAAGGUGGAGAAAGCAUUUGCUCAAUGGAUGAAUUAUGACAAUCAAACAAGACAAGUCCUUUGGAACAAGGAAAUGAGACGAGCAGCAUGUGAUGCCAUUGGUCAGCUCAGUUUAUUUGAUUUUGCAACUAGAAAAACCUAUGCAGGUCUACUGGCAGAUAAGAAGAAGCAGGAGAUAGUUAGUGAAAUAAAUGGAGGAGCCGAGCGUGAAAAGACUGUAGAGGAAAAGCAAUCUGAAUUCACGAUAGGUAAUAAUUCCAUUUUCGAUAAUAGUAAAGGGGAUCAAUUUACUCCAUCAGAAGUUGCUGAAGUUGCAAAGGCAGCUACAAUUGAAGAAUAG